UUCACCCAAUCUUGAUAAUUUGAUUUGAGCGUGUCUCUUUUUACACAAAAUGUCUUCUUUUCCGUGGAAGUGCAAACAAUGAAAGAUAGCAAUUUUGGUGACAAAAUUAUCACGCAUAUAAAAGUUAAAAAUAAGGAUUUUUCGAAAAUACUGAAGUUCGAAUCCACAUCCGGGAGCUAUGAAUUGGGCAGCCCGUUUAUGGAGCAGAACUCUGCGUAGUAGUUUUUCCACUUUGAUCGAGGCAAACAUCGAAAAACCCUAUCAUUUGGUGUCCGUCGCGUGCGGUUUCCCGAAAAACAUUUUGCGCUCCAAAUACAAGCCCGGAAAGUUUGGCGACGAUGCCUGGUUCAUAACUUCCACCAAGAAGGCAGACAUAAUCGGCGUAGCUGAUGGCGUUGGAGGAUGGCGCAGUUAUGGGAUCGAUCCCGGCGAAUUUGCAUCGUUUCUGAUGAAGACAUGUGAACGACUAGUGCAAUGUGCACAUUUCAACCCCACAAGUCCAGUUAGUCUGCUUUCUCAUAGCUAUUGUGAACUGUUAGAAAAUAAGAGAUCAAUUUCAGGUAGCAGCACAGCAUGUGUUUUAAUCCUAAAUCGUGAAAAUAGCACGUUGUACACUGCGAACAUCGGAGACAGCGGUUUUAUUGUAGUUCGCGGUGGUCAGAUUGUCCACCGCAGCGAAGAACAGCAGCACUAUUUCAACACACCGUUUCAGCUUUCGCUACCGCCACCGGGAUUGGAUAAUGUGCUCAGCGACAGACCGGAAUCUGCUGAUACGAUGAACUUUCCGGUGGAAAAAGGCGACAUCAUACUGGUCGCAACGGAUGGAGUGUUCGAUAACGUUCCUAUGAAGCUAUUGGUGGAUACACUGAGUGAGGUCGAAGGUGAGGCUGAUCCGGUGAAGCUUCAAAUGUGUGCAAACUCAAUCGCAUUGAUUGCCCGAUCGUUAUCCUUCGAUAGCGACUUCAUGUCACCAUUUUCUAUAAAUGCGCGACGUAAUAAUAUAAAUACUAUGGGUGGCAAGCCAGACGAUAUCACGGUCGUGUUGGCAUCUGUUGUGAUAUAAAACAUAACGUCAUAGAUAGAUUAAACAAACUUCAUCGCAUCGUUCUUUUAAAAUAUAUUAUAGGUACCUAGUGGAA